AACCACCUCCAUGUCUGCAAAUCUUGUUUCUCUCUUUCUCCCUCUCCUUAGAAGCAACUUUGCGCACCCGCAUUCGACCACAACCUACACUUGCGACUUUAAGCGCCCUAAUAUACUUUCCAAACAUGCCUCAAGAUCACCAAGACCGCAUACUCAACCGCACUGGCUCAGGAAGUGACGACUACCACCACACUCGGGGCCCUCACCAAAGCAACGCCACCCCAUUCUCUCAUAACGAGCCACAGUCGACGUAUCUUCUCGCUCCAAAUCCUACAUACGCCACCCCACAACGCCAAAGCGGUCAUUCUGAGUACGAUACUCCUAGAAUAACUCCUUAUUGGGAUGACUUUAACGGCAUCAUCUAUGAAGUUCCAAGCAUUUCGCCUAGGCAAUCUAGGAACACAUAUGGCCGUAAUAUCGCGGCAACAUCCUAUGCGCGUGGUACUACUGAGGCUCAAGCCAAGCUUGAUCAUAUAGCGCGAGUGCCCCGAGGUUUUGAAGCGAGUGGGUCUGAUCCAAAUCCGAGGCAGGGUGGGGAGAUGCGACGCCCAGCCCCUUUCGACGAAGGCUUGCAAGCCUCUAAGAAUCGAGACAGUCGUAACAUGGAUUUCGAUCCGACAGAAGCUCGAAAUUCUGAGGCCUUGAGUAGAAAGAUUGCGCACAGCCAUGUCCCUCUCGGUCGUCUUGCGUUGCACUCCAAAGAUGUGAAUCAAAAACUCCAUGAAGAAGCCAACGGGAGCAUCAAGAUCGCAAUGACAAACCGGCAUGCGUUAAAUAACGAUUUGAAGACUUUACCUACACCAAAUAGGGAGAGUCGACCUGUAUCAGAGUCAAAGAUCAAAAGGGGGGCAGUUUUCGAGGUUCCGCGACCAGGAGCGAAAGACGUACGCCCUAUGUCCACAUUAGUUGAGAUACCAUUACCUCUACGCAUCUUCAAGGAAAAGAACACCAAGCCUACAGCGGACUGCUGUCCAUCAUCACCGACGCUCAACCGCGUACGAAAGUUGCGUGAAGUUGAACAGAAGUCGACGUUGGCAAAGCUAGAAGAACAGUUGAAGAGCACGAAGACGAUUAAGCCGACUCGCGACGAUGCGCAGUCUAGAGUGAGCACAGAGACUAGUUUGUCGCCAAAAGCAGAAGAAUUGAUUCCAGAUAUGGAACUCUCGGACUCGGACUGGGCCAGGUCGCUUUACGCUUUGGCGGACCCACCAAAGCUGCCUGUCACAUCGACAACGCCGGAUCCGGAACUGAAUCCAAAGCGCGAAGGUAUGAUGGCUACAGUGCAUUCGGUGGAGGAUAGCGGAUACAGUGACGACGAAGAGAUCGAUGCCCUAAUCAAAGCGAUUGCAGAUAUGCGCCCAUUCCAGAAGCUGCCUUCCACGUCGGCAGAGCAUCGUUCGUACGUGUGUAAGAGUGCUGUGCCUGAGGGUUUAGAUUUAAGCAAGAUUCAAACUGCGAAAGAACAAACGAAUGGCAUAUCGAUGCCAACCACAACCCAUGAUGCAAUCAUCAAAAAUUCGGAAGCUGAGGUGGUAGGCGUCAACCAUAGCGAAAGCGUUGAAUCGCAGAAGCAUGAUGCAACGGUAUCUCUAGAGUAUUUUGCACGGUCUGCGUCAGACGACUUUGAGCGAGUAGAAAUAUCGAUAGAUGAAGACACGGAGCAUAAUGGGCCUAAGAGGAAAUGGUAUAAGGGGUUCCGCCGCUAA